AUGGAGAUGUCGACAGAGCCUUCCAAUGCCUUGCACAAGGAGGAGGAAUUAGCUGUAGCGUCUGCUCAGCCAGCCUUAUCACCCGCUUCAUCAUCAUCUGCUUCGAGCUUUGCAGGGGAAGAUGAAGCUACCAAAAAACUUCCACCUGCCGCUCCGAUGCUAAAUACUUUGGACCCCGCGAUCAACGAAGAUGUGGACGAACCUUCCACGACUGGAGACAAUGGAAAAGGUCUGACUAGCGCUUUUGGACGCAUGAAAGGACGAGCAGCUACAGCAAAAAAGACAUUAAAACCGCAGCUGUCAAUGGCGAAUAUUAAGGAUAAAACGAGCAAAAAAUUGGAUAAGUAUCAACCUUCGAUUGUCAAGGCGAAGUCAUCAGCUACUGCAGGUUUGACAACAGCAGCAAGUAAAGUAAAGGAAGGGUCCACUCAUGGCUGGAGUGUGCUUAAAACGAAAUUAGCGGCUGCUCGACCGGCGGCUGGGCGGAUUCAGACUAUGGGAUUGAAUGUCAUGACGGACAUUUAUCUGGGAGAUACUACAGUUGAUACACUUGAAAACAUUGAAGAUCCUAAAGGUGCCAAUUCCCUCUUUCUACUAAAAUACAAGACUGGAAACAACGUUUCUGAAUCACCUUCAAAAGCAAUGGGAUUGUUAAGAAGGGUGCGAGUGAUUGGCAAUGCGCAUUUGAACUCCCAAACAACUAAUACUGUGUCAGCUAGCCCUGGCAAUCGAUGUUUUGCAACACCUUACGUCCUUGGUACAGUUUUGCUCUUCUGUGGAGACUUGUCUACUCUGGCGAGAGUAUCAUGCGUGAACAAAGUUUGUCAUGACUUUAUUGCUUCCGAACAAAGACUCGAGAAGUUUUGCGUACGUUAUGGACAGCUAUCUCCACGAUACCGAUUUGCGUACUGGGUGAAGACUGCACGCGUUCGUGAACUCUGUAAAGCUGACGAACUGGAUUACGAUACGUACCUGCAAAUGGGAUUGUCCAAGGGUGAUGCCACCGAAUCUAUUUCGACAGAUGUGCGUCGUACAUAUGGCCGUGUGGCGCCUCACAAACGCGCAGCAAAUUAUAAAGAUCAAGAGUCGAACGAAGAGUUAUCCACACAGCUUAGUGAGAUUCUACACGCAUUGGCUGGUCGAUUUCCUGCUGUUGGUUACUGCCAAGGAAUGGAUUACAUUGCAGCUAACAUUUUAAACAAUGUCAAGUUGAGCGGGUCUACACCCGAUGUCAAAGCUGAAGCUGAACGUACCUUUUGGUUGAUGGUGGCCUUGUUUGAAAAUUAUGGGCUGCAAGAGAUGUUUGCUCCCGGACUUCCAACUCUGCAUGUGCAUUGUUUUCAAGCACAACGACUUUUAGAAUUGACGAAACCAGAACUUGCUCAUCAUUUUUCCAGCGAAAAAGUUCCGAUCGAGAUGUUUGCUGUUGGUUGGUUUCAAACGAUGUAUCUUUACCUUAAUGUGCUUCCUCUAGAUUCUUUGGAUCGGAUCUGGGAUAUUUUCAUAUUUGACCACAAUUGGAAGAUUAUGCUUCGAGUUGCGCUCGCAUUACUACAGCUCUCGGAAAAAUUUGUCAUGAACAAGCCCAUUGAUGAAAUCAUGCAGUUUUUCAAUACAUUUGCAGACAAGGCUGACGAAAUUUUGGCGGAAACACCAUUGAUCGAGCAUGCUCUGAGUCUUGUGGUAACGAAAACGGUAUUGUCGAAAUUGCAGAAACAGCAUAUCAAGCACAAGCGAGGAAUUCCCUCCAAAACUUAA